GGCAUGCCAAUUAAACUCUUAACUUGUCCUUCUAAAAUUGCAUUUACUCUCUCUUUUAAGUGUCAUGAGUUCUUCGUGGAAAGCAGAAAAUGCGCCCAUCUGCCACAUUGUCACGCCUGUUGGCAUGAUGGGCUAUGGCUUCGAUACGGCUCCGACGGAGUAUCACCUUGCUCACCUCGUCCCUACGGGAAUACCGACAGCAAUCAUUCUUGAUGCAGGAUCGACAGACUCGGGUCCUCACAGGCUAGCAUUGGGAUCCACAGGAUGUCCACGCGCGGCUUACGUUCGAGACCUGACCAAAUUGCUAGAUCUCGUUCACCGGUUCCGAGUGCCGUUGAUAUUCGCCUCGGCUGGAGGCGGUGGUACAGAUGAGCAUGUCAAAGCCAUGGAGAACAUUAUCACAGGGAUAUGCUCGCGUGAGGGAAAUGAAGAUUAUAACUUCAAGACCAUCUCGACAUUCUCCAACAUCGAGAAGAGCCUCGUCGGCCAGCGCCUACAAGAUAAGCAAGUCACCGGUUGUGGGCCCUGUGUUCCUCCGCUCACAGUCACGGACAUCGAAGAAUCGACCAGUGUCGUUGCCCAGGUUGGCCCGGAAGUCUUCCUCGACGCAAUGCAAGCCACCCCUGACUUCGACAUCCUCAUCGGUGGGCGAGCUUACGAUCCAGCGCCCUAUGUUGCCUACGCCCAGUUUGCAUUGAAACUCCAACAUCCUGGUCUAGCAGAACAAACAUCCAAGCACAGACUGGGCGGUUUCACCCACAUGGGCAAGAUCAUGGAAUGCGGCGGCGCAUGCUCACAGCCGAAAUCACACGGCGCCAUCGCAAGUGUCUUUGCAGACGGUGUGUUUGAUGUUCGGCCCUUGGCAUUCGAGUCCAGAUGUACAGCGCAAACUGUCGCCGCCCAUGCGCUGUAUGAGAACACGCGGCCCGAUGUCCUCAAAGGCCCUGGCGGUGUACUGGAGUUGCUAGGAGCAGCGUAUGAGGAACUGCCCGAUCAGAGAACUGUCAGAGUGCGCGGCAGCAUUUUCAAGAGCUCGAGAGAGCAGGGUCUGCCAUAUUCGUUCAAGUUAGAAGCGGGCAAGCUCGUGGGCUACCGUUCACUCUUCAUGGGCAGUAUCAAAGACUAUGGUCUUAUUGAGCAGAUUGACACUCUUCUCGCGGCUGUCAAAGCCUACGUCAAGCAACAACAUAUUCACUUGUCCGACAGUUGGAAUCUCGACUUUCACGUCUACGGAAAGGGCCACACGAAUGGACGUGGCGGCCCCGGGGAGCUGUUUAUUGUGGCAGAAGCGCUGGCCCCGUCCCAAGAAUUGGCCAGCAGCAUCGCGUCAAAGGCGCGUGUGGGAUUGAUUCAUGCACCAUAUCCUGGACAGAAAGCGACUUCAGGGAAUGUCGGCUUCGGAAUUGGCGGGUUAAUGGAGAUUGAGGCCGGUCCCUGCGCGGAAUUCUCGAUAUAUCAUCUGCUUGAACUCAAGUUGGGAGAAGAACGCCUUGUACUGGACAAUACCCCUGAGAUCGAAGGGUCCUUGCAACUUCGCAGGACAGUCCAAACCUUCGGUUACGGAAGGCCUACAAACAAUGAUCUUGACUUCCAGAGGGGCAUCGCGCGUCUUCGGGAUACUCUGCCACAGCCCACGAUCAGCAGCCAACCUCAGGCGACAGGCGAGGCAUCUCGCACAUGCCUCCCCACCAACUUGUCCGACCUCUGUGGGGUGUUUCGAUCCAAAAACGCCGGACCUUUCGAAAUCACCGUCGAUGCCAUAUUUCUCACGCCCCAAAUCUACGAGGCAGUCAAGAAGUCCAACAUCCUCACACCUGAUACGGUCGCUCGCGCAUUGGGUGUGUCAAGAAAGGACAUCAUCUGGAUGGGCUUCUACGACCCAGCCAAGGCUUUCAAAGUCACCAUACCAAGAAUUCGCUCGGGCAUCAAAAAGGCCGCCGGAGGGUUCAUGGAGAAUGACGUCCACGGUUCCCAAGAGCAUGUCGGCUUGGCGACACUGAAGCUACCGCAAGACCUC